AUGUCUUCCCAUAUGGAGGAUAAAGUGUGUAAUUUUGAAACUGAACCCUGCCUUCAGAGAAGGAGCACCAGUGUGCACAAGGAUGGAGAUGUGGUCAUUGGGGGACUUUUCUCCCUUUUUAAUUACUUCUACAGUGGUGGUUUCUUUUUUCUACAGCCUAUGAAGGACUUCCUCAUUGUACCGCAUCUCCCUAACCGCUACCAGAAUUUUCUGGCCUUCAUUUUUGCCAUAGAAGAGAUCAACAAGAAUCCUCAUCUUUUAUCCAACAUGUCUCUGGGAUACGAGUUCCAUAAUUUCCUUUACAGUCAUUGGAGAAUAGUGGAGAGUUCCCUCGUUUUGCUCACAGGACAGAAUGAAAUCCCCAAUUACAGCUGUAGAAGAAAGAGCAAGCCUGUUGCAGUGCUAACAGAAACAUCGUGGGCAGCUUCUUCUCAAGUGAGCACACUGCUGGAGCUCUACAGAUUUCCACAGGUUACCUUUGGCUCCUUUGAUCCCAUGCUGAGAGACAAUGGCCAGUUUCCUUCUCUAUACCAAGUCGCCCCCAAGGACACAUCUCUGGCCCUUGGCAUGGUCUCUUUGAUGCUUCAUUUCAGCUGGACCUGGGUGGGACUGAUCAUCACAGAAGGUCAUAGAGGUGUUCAGUUUCUCUCAGAUGUGAGAGCCGAAAUGGAAAGGAAUAGAAUCUGUGUAGCAUUUUUGAAAAUGGUCUCAAGUGCUUUUGAAUCAUAUUUCUUUAGGCCACUGCAACAUGAUAUCAUAGCCAGGGAAACAUCCCCAGUGACUGUGGUUAUCAUAUACUGUGAUACUGAGACUCUCAAUGAUAUAAACUACCUUAUAGGGCAAAAUGUAGGCACAUGGAGAGUCUGGGUCACAAACUCUCAAUGGCAUGCUGACAUGUCUGGGGCUAAUUUCAUUCUUAACCCAUUCCAUGGGAGUUUCAUUUUUUCUAACCAUCAUGAGGAGAUUUCUGCUUUCAAAAAUUUUGUCCAAGAAGCCAAUCCUUUCAGAUACCCAGAAGACACUUACCUUACUAUGUACUGGCUCAAUCAUUUCCGUUGCUCAAUCUCUGACUCUGACUGUGCACUGAGGAACUGUACACCUAAUGCCUCUUUGGCACAGCUGCCCAUGAAUCGUUUUGACACAGAUAUGACCGAUGAGAGCUACAACAUAUACAACGCUGUGUAUGCUGUGGCCCACGCCCUCCAUGAGAUGCUUUUUCAACAAACACAAAAACUGACAAUAAGAAAUAGAGGAUUGUCUAUAUUUUCCCCCUGGCAGCUGCACCCCUUUCUGAGGAACAUCCAGUUUAACAGUCCUGCUGGAGAGAAAAUGCAUUUGAAUGAUGAAAAGAAACUGGAUGCAGAGUAUGACAUUCUCAACUUUUGGAAUUUCCCAGAUGGCCUUAGACUUAAAAUCAAAUUAGGAACAUUUACCCCACACGUUCCACAUGGCCAGCAAUUAUCUUUAACUGAUAACAUGAUUGAAUGGAUGACAGGAAUUACAGAGGCCCCCAAAUCUGUAUGCAGUAAGAGUUGUAACCCUGGAUUCUGGAAAACUCCUCAGGAGGGAAAGGCUGCCUGUUGUUUUGAUUGCACCCCAUGCUCAGAGAAUGAGAUUGCCAAUGACACCGCUGAUAUGGAGCAGUGUGUGAAGUGCCCAGACCACCAGUAUGCUAACACUGCGAGAAUCCAGUGCCUCCAAAAGUCUGUGACUUUUCUGGCUUAUGAACACCCUUUGGGGAAGAUGUUGGCUGGCACAGCCUUGAGCUUCACUGUUCUCACAGCUGUUGUUCUUGGGCUCUUUGUGAAGCACCGAGACACUCCCAUUGUCAAGGCCAACAACCGGGCUCUCAGCUACACCCUGCUCAUCUCCCUCACCUUCUGCUUCCUCUGCUCCUUGCUCUUCAUUGGCCGUCCCAACACAGCCAGCUGCAUCCUCAGGCAGACCACAUUCACAGUUGUCUUCACUGUGGCUGUUUCCACUGUUUUGGCCAAGACUGUUACUGUCGUGCUGGCCUUUAAGGUCACUGCUCCAGGCAGAAGGAUGAGGCAGCUGCUGGUAUCAGGGGCACCUAACUACAUCAUCCCCAUCUGCUCCCUGAUUCAACUCACCCUCUGUGGAGUCUGGAUGGGGACAAGUCCACCCUACAUUGACACAGAUGCACACUCUGAACAUGGCCACAUCAUCAUCAUGUGCAACAAGGGCUCCCUCACUGCCUUCUACUGUGUCCUGGGAUACCUGGGCUCCUUGGCCCUGCUCAGCUUCACUGUGGCUUUCCUGGCCAGGAACCUGCCUGACACCUUCAAUGAGGCCAAGUUCCUGACGUUCAGCAUGCUGGUGUUCUGCAGUGUGUGGGUCACCUUCCUUCCUGUGUACCACAGCAGCAAGGGGAAGGUGAUGGUGGCCAUGGAGGUCUUCUCCAUCUUGAUUUCCAGUGCAGGGCUGCUGGGCUGUAUCUUUGGCCCUAAGUGCUAUAUUAUUUUCUUGAGGCUUGAUAGGAAUUCUCUGAACAACUUCAGGAAUAAGACACGUUCUGGUAGGAAGAAGCCUUCUUAA